GCGGCGGCGAUCAUGGAGGCCAUGUUGAGCCGCCGCCCGCUCCACUGGCGACGGACGCACUACUUGUCGGUGCAGCAUGGACAUCAGGGAGACAGUGCUUUCAAACGAUACCUCAUGGUUUGUGCAAUCAUGUCGGUGGUGACUCUGAUUGCAGCCUGCAACGAACAAGAUGCCCGUUCGUACUGCGUGAAGUUGCCAUCGGCGAGUGCAAUUGAUCCAGAAUGGAAGUGCACGCGUGCGAGAGAAAGCACCCACGUGCGGUUCUUGAACGGCGCACCUGUCGUUCAUGUCCGCCUGCCGCUCCCGCCAGCAAGCAACUCGGCGGGACGCAGCGAAAUCGAAGUGCUCCAUCACGGGGGUUGGUCCAGCGCAAACACUCUCCUUCAUCUCCUUGCAUGUGCAUCGUGCCUUGGGACCAUCAUGGCACUGAAGAACCGUGCGGGACUUCGUGUUGCGCUCAUAUGGAGUGGCUCGGCAAUGCUGUUUCUUACCGCGAUUGCCACAGAUGUAACAAGCGUCCUGGCAUGGCGGCACGACUGCGUCCUCCUUGGGCUCGUCCUGGCGGACGAAGUCACCAACUCUAUGCUUCGUUCGAUGCUGUCGUCCAUCGAAGCGGCCACCGUGUUGCAGAACGCGACCACGGAGUGCCACGCACGGCCUCAGAUGCUGUGCUUCGCUGCCUUGUUCACGUUGACGGGGUGUAUGUGUGGAGGCAGCGUGUUUGUGGCGCUCGCGCACGCUGGCCAGCCUGGUCCAACCCAACCAAACAAUGCAAUCGACGUUGUAUAAACGAAUGCAAAGCACGCAAUCUGGUGGACUAUACACG